AUCCAGUUUGCUGACCAGAAGCAGGAAUUCAACAAACGCCCCACGAAGAUCGGGCGCCGCUCGCUUUCCCGCUCCAUCUCGCAGUCCUCCACAGACAGCUACAGCUCAGCUGCCUCCUACACAGACAGCUCUGAUGAUGAGACUUCCCCCCGAGACAAGCAGCAGAAGAACUCCAAAGGCAGCAGUGAUUUCUGUGUCAAAAACAUAAAACAGGCGGAAUUUGGGCGCCGAGAGAUUGAAAUUGCUGAACAAGAAAUGCCUGCACUGAUGGCUUUGAGGAAGAGAGCUCAGGGAGAGAAGCCACUGGCCGGGGCCAAGAUCGUGGGCUGCACGCACAUCACAGCCCAGACAGCUGUCCUGAUGGAGACCCUUGGAGCUCUGGGUGCUCAGUGCCGAUGGGCUGCAUGCAACAUCUACUCAACUCUUAAUGAAGUGGCUGCUGCCCUGGCUGAGAGUGGGUUUCCUGUCUUUGCCUGGAAGGGAGAAUCCGAAGACGACUUCUGGUGGUGCAUCGACCGCUGCGUCAACGUGGAGGGCUGGCAGCCCAACAUGAUCUUGGAUGAUGGAGGAGAUCUGACUCACUGGAUUUACAAGAAAUACCCCAACAUGUUUAAGAAGAUCAAGGGGAUUGUAGAGGAGAGUGUGACUGGUGUGCACAGGCUGUACCAGCUGUCCAAAGCAGGGAAGCUCUGUGUCCCAGCCAUGAAUGUCAACGACUCAGUCACAAAGCAGAAGUUUGACAAUCUGUACUGCUGCAGGGAGUCCAUCCUGGAUGGGCUCAAGAGGACCACGGACAUGAUGUUUGGAGGAAAGCAGGUGGUGGUUUGUGGCUACGGGGAGGUGGGGAAGGGUUGCUGCGCUGCGCUGAAGGCGAUGGGAGCGAUCCCGUACGUGACCGAGAUCGAUCCCAUCUGUGCCCUGCAGGCCUGCAUGGAUGGAUUCAGGCUCGUGAAGCUCAAUGAAGUCAUCAGACAAGUUGACAUCGUCAUCACCUGCACAGGGAACAAGAACGUGGUGACCAGGGAACAUCUGGACCGGAUGAAGAACGGCUGCAUUGUCUGCAACAUGGGGCACUCCAACACGGAGAUUGAUGUGGCCAGCCUGCGUACCCCUGAGCUGACCUGGGAGAGGGUGAGGUCUCAGGUGGACCAUGUCAUCUGGCCAGAUGGGAAGAGAAUAGUCCUUCUGGCAGAGGGCCGCCUGCUGAACCUGAGCUGCUCCACCGUCCCCACCUUCGUCCUCUCCAUCACUGCCACCACACAGGCCCUGGCUCUGAUAGAGCUCUACAACGCUCCCGAAGGCCGCUACAAGCAAGACGUGUACCUCCUGCCCAAGAAAAUGGAUGAGUACGUGGCCAGCCUUCACCUCCCAACCUUUGAUGCCCACCUGACAGAAUUAACAGACGAACAAGCGAAAUACCUGGGCCUGAACAAGAACGGACCUUUCAAACCAAACUACUACAGAUAUUAAGUUCCUGCCGCCGCUGCGUCCCGGAGAACCGCGAGGAACAAGAGCCCAGAUCUUUUCUCAACUCCCGGACAGGAUGAAGCAGCACGAGUUUCCUAGGUCAGAGCUGGGCUUGCUCCCGCAGCAGGCGCUGUGGUUUAGGUUAUUUAUUUAUUACAUUAGAACGCUGUAUGUGCGGCCGCUGCCACUGGCGCUCGUCCCGCUGCGGGACUGGGAUGCGGUGGAGUUCUUUCCCUUCGUUUCGUUUCGUUUCGUUUUAGUUUUGGUUCUCUUGGGGUCGUUCUUUUUUUUUUUUUUUUUUUCGGGGCCGGGGGGAGAGGCGAGGAAGCAGCUGGUGGAAAGGAAAGAAGGAGCGGAAGGCUUCGUCGGACGCGCACGACGGGACCCGCGGGGGGGACCCAGCUCGGAGGUCGGACGUCGCUUUUGCUUUUGGUUUCCUGCCCGUCGCAGAGCUUCUGCCAGCCGAGCAGGACCCUGGCAGGAGUGCGACCCGACGGGAGAGGAAGGCCGGCUUUGGGUUUUCCACGCCCUUCGUUAAAUCCUCGUCGGGACCGACCGAAGGGCCCCUUCGGCGGCGAUGCGGCCGGCGCCGGAGAAACCUCUCGGGAUCCUUUGGAGCUCUUGUCGACCUCUCCGUGGACGGCUCCACCGGGGACCUGGCGAGCUUUUGCCUUGGCACUGCGGGAAGCUGUGACGAAGGGGUCUGGUCGUUGGCGCGGACGGGAUCCGGGAGGGCGGAGGGGGUGGUGGUGGUGGCUGGGUCCUGCUCUACCCCCGCUCCCUCCGUCGCGGCUCCGCGGUGUUUUUCCCGCCGCUCGCGUUAAGAGCGCCAACCUCCCGCGGUUCGAGCCAAGUCGUGUUCCCGGUGGGGCUCCAGAGCCGGUGGAAGAGCCCGGCAACCUCCCCGACCAACACUGCUCGCGUGUCGGGGAGCUCUUCCGAACCCGAGCAGAGCUCGUCGGCCAUCCCUGCCCGGGAGACCCCUUCGUCCGCGCAAGGUCUUUCCUCCAGCGGCGUUUCCUCCUCGGAAACCUGCCGGAGUCCCGGUUUCGAGUGCUAGUCGUGCGAUAAAGAUCUGGCAAUCCCUUCCGAGGGGGUGAGGCGUGCCGGGGUAAUCCCCAGGGGGGAAUCCGCGCAGGGGAAGGGCUCAGCACCGCGAAAAACCCCUCCUGGAUCCUCGCGUCUCGACGCGCCGGAGCCAGAGGAGAACGAAUUCGUCGUCGUUGCUUCUUUGAGCUCGGAAGGUCCCUCCUGAAGGCCGCGGGCAGCGUGGGGUGCGCCCCGAGGUGACUUUCCUUGUGCCAUCGGAGUCGCUUUUACGGUUCCCGCGGAGAGCCGGGUGAAAUGAAGCCGUCCGACCCCGGGAGAGCGGAAUCCUCGAGGGGCCCCGUGGCUGCCGCGUUGGUGCCCCGGUCCCUCAGCAGCUCCAGAUUCUCGCUUUGCCCUCCCGGACCUCUUCGCCGCCGCCGUCGGAAAACUCUCCUGGGGCGGCUGCUUCAGGCGCAAGAAAGGGGAAAAAAGAAACACACCAAAACACCUGGAAUCGCGGUCUCGGCGGCCGAGUCCUUCCCGGGGUCUGAAGUCCUCGCUGACCGCAAGGGACUGGGCUUUGGAGCGAGCAGCGAGAUUCCUGAUUCCUCCUCCUUCCGAUUCCUCGAAAACCUGGAAGGAAGACCUUGGGAAGGCCUUAGGGCUGUGAGGAAGUCUUCGGGAGAGCGUGCUGGGGCUUUGAGGAGACCUUAGGGCCUUGAAGGAAACCUGGCGGGGAGCCCUCGGGGUUUGAAGGAGACUUUGAGGAGGCCGUGGGGCUUCGAAGAGACUUUGGGGAGACCUCGGAGCUUUGGGGAGGCUUUGAGAAGAUUCUGGGAGCCCUCGGGGCUUUGGGGAGGCUUUGUUGAGACCUCUUUGGGGAGAUUUUUGAGGGCUUUGAGGAGAUUUUGCGGACCCUCGGGGCUCUGGGGGGAUUAUUUGGAGGAGACCCCUUAGGGCUUUGAGGAGACUUCGUCGUGGACCGAUCGGCAGCCGCAGACUCGAGAUGAUCUCUGGUCGCUCACGAAUUUUCCCCCGGAUCCUGAGAUUUAUUUUUUUUUUUUCUGGGGGGGAAGAGUUCCCCGAGUUACCUGGAGCCUCCCGUUGGGGUCUCUCCCCAGCAUCACCCAGCAAACCUCCGAGUUUCUGCCGGGCUCUGAUCCUGCUCUGGGUCGAGGUGAAACCAGGCUCACGUUGAGCAAAGCAGAUUUUUUUUUUUUCUUUUUUCUUUCUUUUUUCGUUUUCUUUUUUUUUUUCUCUUUCUUUGGGAAAAAAAACCCCAGAGGAGUCCCCGGCCGCCGCCGCAGCAGCCGCUUCUGCCCCCGGGGGGAUAUUCCCGAUUCCCUCCCCGUCCCCGCAGCCGCUUCCCCUCCGCUGUCCGUGGCUUGUGGAGCCGGCGCUGUCCUCCUCGUCCGUGGCUUCCCUCCUGCCGAAUUUUAAGCCCCUUUUCCGCGUAGAUAGGAGAAAAAAAAAAAAUUAAUUAAAAAAAAAAAUCAGAAUCGAAUCCAAUCCGACUUUUUUUUCUUUUUUUUCCCCCACCUCGAUUUUUCAAGCUCUUCUCCGCCUCGUUCUGCUUUUCCCGGAAGCUUUUUGGCUUGCUUGGCUUUUUUUUUUUUUUUUUUUCCUUCUUUCCCCCCCCCUCCCUAAUCGAUCUGGAAUCGUAUUCUACGAUCGUCUCUAAAUUAAACGUGUAAAGGGUUGUUUUGGGGUGUUGUUUUUUUUUUUUUUUUCUUAAGUAACGCGUUUUUAAAGAAUUAGGAAGAAAAAAAAAAUAAACUAAAAGCUUUAGGUAACAGCAGCAACAUAAAGUCUGAGGAAACGAACCCGGUUCUGAACUUCAGAGCUCAUGAGGCAAAAAAAAAUCCGUCAUCCGCCCGCGGCGAGGAAACAAACAAAGAAAAAAAACUUGGCAAAAUAACGUUUUCGAAAGGACGUCCUAAAUAUUCGUGUCUGAGUGAUUGUAUUAGAUCAGCAAUAAAGACUCUGUGAUCAAAACGCAACUAAAAUGU